AUGAAAAUAAAGGAAUGUUUGAAAACAAAUCCAGCUUUAUCAUAUGGUUAUGUUAGUUAUAGUGGAGGUAGUGAAAAAUAUAUUGAUACUAAAACUUACUAUCCUUUUUGUAAUUGGCAUGAAUGUAAUUAUUUAGAAAUCGAUAAUGACCAAACUCGUUAUAAUAGUAGCGGAUAUGAAUAUACCAAUACUAGUUAUGUGAGACUUAGUGGUUGUCAUCAUGGUUGUCAUGGUCAUUGUGAUCAUGGAACAUCUGAGGCAUUGAGAGCAUCUGAAAGCAGAAAUAGCACUUUAACUUCGGAAAAUACUCGACUAAAUAAUGAGUUAUCGAGCAAAAGCACGGAGAUAGGUAUAAAAACCGAGCAACUUAAAUCUGUUAAUAAAGAUUUGACAGAUACUAAGAAUCGGUUGACUAAGACAGAAGAUAAAUUAACAAAAACUGAAAAAGAUUUGGAAGAUUUAAAUGUUUCACUUUCUAAUUUAAGAAUUGUGAAUAGUAAUAAGGGCAAAUAUAUUGAAGGUUUGGAAAAAAGGUUAGGUGAAAAGGAGGAUGAAAACUUUGAUCUUAAAACAAAGGAGCAGGAAAAAAAGUUAGAUGAGUUUGUUCAGCAAUUAGGAAUUGACCGUGAAAAACCUCGUAAAUUAAUCAGAGCACAUCAGCGAUUAAUUAGAGCCAGUUCUCGUGAGGAUUAUAACCGGAAUGAUAAAAUGGAUGCAGAAGAUGAUAUUGAAACAAUUAAAGAUGAACUUUUGAGAAAAGAAAAGGCACGAGAGGAAAUGUAUCAGGAACGAAAACGAAUACAACAUCAAGAGCAUCAAUACCUAAUUCAACAAGCACAAGAACAAGAGCGUCAAAAUCAGCAAGAACAGCCUGAACAACAAUACGAAGCUCAACAAGAGCAACCAACUAAUAAUAAUUAA